CCGCGAUAGCGAACAGGAAAAAGCGGUAAACAAGCGAAAUUUAAGCGGUCGUUUUCACACCGCAUUUCAGUAUCGCAUUUUCCUAUUCAUUUUAGUGCAACAUGUCGUUUGAGUCAGACUGGUUUCUUUCUGAAUCUGAAGAAGAAGAACUAUUACUUCUUGUAUCGACAUUAAGAAAAAGACGAAGAAUAUGGGUUCAUGAAAUUAAUCAAAAAAGAAAGAAGCUUGGAGAAAAUAAAUUAUGCAAAGAACUACAGCAGCAUAGUGAUCGUUUUGUCACUUAUUUUAGAAUGUCGCCUGAAACUUUUGAUUACUUGCACAACCAACUUCAGCCAUAUAUCCAGAAGAAAAAUACAAACUUCAGGGAAAGUAUAUCCUCAAAGGAAAGAUUGGCAAUAUGUUUAAGAUUUUUGGCUACGGGCGAUACUUUUACUACUAUUUCAUCUUCAUACCGAAUGGGUAUAAGCACCGUUUCAAGUAUAGUUUCUGAAGUUUGUGAAGCUAUUUGGAAAGUAUUGCAGCCAAUAUACAUUCCAGUACCAACUCUACAGACAUGGGAGCAAAUAUCAGAAGGAUUUUAUACAAUAUGGGGCUUUCCAAACUGCCUUGGGAGUAUUGAUGGAAAACAUAUAACUAUCAAGUCUCCACCUAACAGUGGAUCGAUGUUUUAUUGCUACAAAAAUAAAUUUUCUAUCGUUCUUCUGGCGCUAGUUGAUGCACAUUAUAAGUUCAUUUAUAUAGAUGUUGGAUCAUAUGGCAAGGAUUCAGAUAGUACAAUUUUUGAAAAUUCAACACUCUACAAACUUGUAAAAGGAAGGAAAAUGGAAUUGCCUGCAUCUAAACCUUUACCAGGUUGUGAAAACCCUACACCACACGUGUUCAUCGGCGAUGGAGGUUUUAGAUUGGAAACUUUUCUAAUGAGACCGUUUACUAGAGAAUCAAUAAUAAAUGAUCCUGAUAAAAAAAAAUUUAAUCGUGCAUUAAGUAGAGCUAGAGUUGUCGUGGAAUGUGCAUUCGGAAUAUUGGCCCAGAAGUUUCGUAUAUUUUUGAGAAGAAAGUUUUAAGUUAAUUACGACUGUGUAACGCGAAAUUAUCUAUGGCUAGCUAGUCUACCUAUCAUUAUGUUACACGAAACAAAUUAGAGUUUUCAGUUUUAAAACGUUUCAGCUUUCAGCAAGCGUUAUGGUAGGAUUUUUCUGUCAAUUUUGCCUUAGCUCAUCUGAUUUGUAAAUACGCUCCAACCAACCAACACUUUGUGGGUCGAUGGUUUAUCGAUUUCAAACGGAAUGAAAAUAAGAAAGUGAAUAUAUCAUCAGUGCACAGUAUAUAUUAUAUAGCCAGAGUUCAGCUUUAUACAGUUUUUAGGGUUCCGUACCCAAAGGGUAAAACGUGACCCUAUGGUUUUCGCUCCUCUGCUCGUCCGUCCGUCCGUCUGUAACCAGGCUUUAUCUCAUGAACCGUGAUAGUGAGAGAGUUUAAAUUUUCACAAAUAAUGUAUUUCU